AUGGGUGCCUCGACGAACAAGUACUCGGUCAUUCUGCCGACCUACAAUGAGCGGAAGAACCUCCCUAUCAUCUGUUGGUUGUUGGAGCGGAUGUUUCGCGAGAACAAGCUAGACUGGGAAGUCAUCAUCGUGGACGACGGCUCGCCGGACGGCACCCUGGAGGUGGCCAAGCAGCUGCAGCAGCACUGGGGCGCGGAGCACAUCAUCCUGAAGCCGCGGGCGGGCAAGCUGGGGCUGGGGACGGCGUACAUCCACGGGCUGCAGUUCUGCACGGGCAACUACGUGAUCAUCAUGGACGCGGACUUCAGCCACCACCCGAAGUUCAUCCCGACGAUGAUCGACAUCCAGCGCGAGACGGACGCGGACAUCGUCACGGGCACGCGCUACGCCGCCCGCGGCGCCAUCCGCGGCGGCGUCUACGGCUGGGACCUGUUCCGCAAGUUCACCUCGCGCACGGCCAACCUCAUCGCCGACGUCAUGCUCAUGCCCGGCGUCAGCGACCUGACCGGCUCCUUCCGGCUGUACAAGAAGAGCGUGCUCGAGAAGGUCAUCCACAGCACCCAGUCCAAGGGCUACAGCUUCCAGAUGGAGAUGAUGGUCCGCGCCAAGGCCAUGGGGUUCAAGGUCGCCGAGUGUCCCAUCACCUUCGUGGAUCGGCUGUUCGGCGAGAGUAAGCUGGGCGGCCAUGAGAUUGUCGAGUAUUUGAAGGGGGUGAUGACUCUGUGGUUGAAGGUUUAG